UAUCGCAGACAGGCACCGGGGGCCGGGGAUCGCAUCAUUAUCAUGGGCACUGUUUGCUUUUUGCGGCGCUGCUGUUUGCUUUUCGCUCUCGCCUGGGCCGGCAGGUUGGCGGGAGGCAGCGGGGGUGCAGAUGUUGAUGAGUGUGCAGAAGCCACAGAUGACUGUCACAUCGACGCUAUUUGUCAAAACACACCAAAAUCUUACAAAUGCAUCUGCAAGCCAGGAUAUAAAGGCGAAGGGAAACAGUGUGAAGAUAUUGAUGAGUGUGAGAAUGACUUCUACAAUGGGGGCUGUGUCCAUGAGUGUAUCAACAUUCCAGGCAACUACAGGUGUACGUGUUAUGAUGGGUUCAUGUUAGCCCAUGAUGGCCACAACUGUCUUGAUGUUGAUGAGUGCCAAGAUAACAAUGGAGGGUGCCAGCAGAUUUGUGUAAAUACUAUGGGCAGCUAUGAAUGUCAAUGCAAAGAGGGCUUUUUUCUGAGUGAUAACCAGCAUACCUGCAUUCAUCGCUCCAUUGAGGGUAUGAACUGUAUGAACAAAGAUCAUGGGUGUGCACACAUCUGCCGGGAGACGCCCAAAGGUGGGGUUGCCUGUGAAUGUAGGCCUGGCUUUGAACUUGCCAAAAACCAGAAGGACUGCAAAUUAACCUGUAACUAUGGGAAUGGAGGCUGCCAACACACCUGUGAUGACACAGAUACUGGUCCUGUGUGUGGUUGUCAUCAGAAGUAUGCCCUACAUUCAGAUGGCCGAACCUGCAUUGAGAAGGAUGAGGCUGCAAUUGAGAGUUCUGAGUACAAUGCCACGUCAGUAGCUGAUGUGGACAAGCGGGUGAAACGGCGGCUACUUAUGGAAACAUGUGCUGUCAAUAACGGAGGCUGUGAUCGGACUUGCAAAGAUACGGCGACAGGGGUGCGAUGCAGUUGCCCAGUUGGAUUCACCCUGCAGCCUGAUGGGAAAACAUGCAAAGACAUUGAUGAGUGCUUGGUAAACAAUGGUGGCUGUGACCAUUUUUGCCGAAACACUGUUGGCAGCUUUGAGUGCAGCUGCCAGAAAGGCUAUAAACUGCUCACAGAUGAACGGACCUGCCAAGAUAUAGAUGAGUGUUCCUUUGAAAGGACCUGUGAUCACACCUGCAUCAACUAUCCUGGAAGUUUUGAAUGUCUCUGCCAUAAAGGCUACACCUUGUAUGGACUGACGCAUUGUGGAGAUAUUGAUGAAUGCAGCAUCAGCAAUGGUAGCUGUGACUACGGGUGUCUUAAUACAAUGGGGAGCUAUGAGUGUGUCUGUCCACCUGGAAAGAAGCUGCACUGGAAUAAAAAAGACUGCAUUGAGAUGGUGAAAUGUCUCCCAAAUGCCAAACCAGCUCCCAAGGCUCAACUUGUCUGUAGUAAGACUGGAGGCAUAGAGACCUGCUUCCUGUCAUGCCCAUCCAAUACUCUUUUUGUUCCAGAUUCAGAGAACAGCUACACCCUGAGCUGCGGCGUUCCCAUCCAGCAAGGCAAAGCUCAGCAGAAACGCAACGCAACCCUGCCCAGCUGCUCAGAUUCAUUAGCCCCUCCAAUCAAGCAGAAAGCUCGGUUUAAAAUUAAAGAUGCAAAGUGCCAUUUACGGCCUCGCAGCAAAGAAAAAACAAAAGAUUCUGGGAAGCAAUCUGGUUUAGGAGGUCAAUUCCCUUGUACAGACAACUGCCAGGUGACCUUUGUGAACCUCAAGUGCGAUUCCUCCAAGAAAAAACGCCGAGGCCGCAAGUCACCAUCAAAAGAAGUGUCCCACAUCACUGCAGAGUUUGAAGUGGAGAUGAAGUCAGAAGAAGUCUCAGACACCUGUAACACUGACUGUGUUCGGAAAAGGAUGGAGCAGAAGCUGCAAACUGCAAUCAAAACAUUGAGGAAAUCUAUUAAUAAACAGCAAUUUUACAUUCAGUUUUCUGGGACAGAAUAUGAAGUGGCUCAGAAGCCAGCUAAAGCUACUGAAGGGCAUGAAGGUUGCAGUACAGGGCAAGUGCUGCAGGAUGGAAAAUGUGUUACCUGCAGCAUGGGCACCUUUUAUAGUGGAGAACAUAAUCAGUGCAUUCCUUGCUCACCAGGAACAUACCAAGAUACAGAAGGUCAACUUACCUGUGAGCCUUGCCCAAGUAACGAUGGACAGGGAGUAGCAGGAGCCCGGAAUGUGUCAGAAUGUGGAGGGCAGUGUUCUCCUGGGCACUAUUCUUCAGAUGGUUUUAAACCUUGCAGAGUCUGUCCUCUUGGUACAUACCAGCCUGAACCAGGAAGGACCCUCUGCUUUCCCUGUGGCGGUGGGCUUGUGACCAAGUAUGAAGGUGCUGUUUCCUUUCAAGACUGUGAAACCAAAGUUCAUUGUUCUCCUGGACACUACUACAACUCCACAACACACAGAUGUAUCAGAUGCCCUGUGGGAACUUACCAGCCCGAGUUUGGUCAAAACUACUGCAUCACCUGCCCUGGGAACACAAGUACAGAUUUUGAUGGCUCCACUAAUGUUACACACUGCAAAAACCAGCACUGUGGAGGGGAGCUUGGGGAUUAUACUGGCUACAUUGAAUCGCCCAACUACCCGGGAGACUACCCAGCUAAUGUUGAAUGCAUUUGGAAUAUAAAUCCACCCCCAAAAAGGAGAAUACUCAUCGUGGUACCUGAGAUAUUUCUCCCAAUUGAAGAUGAAUGUGGUGAUGUUUUAGUAAUGAGAAAAAGUGCUUCUCCUACUUCGAUUACUACAUAUGAAACAUGUCAGACUUAUGAGAGACCUAUUGCAUUUACCUCGAGAUCAAGGAAGCUCUGGAUUCAGUUCAAGUCAAAUGAAGGAAACAGUGGCAAAGGAUUUCAGGUCCCUUAUGUGACUUACGAUGAGGAUUACCAACAACUAAUAGAAGACAUUGUUCGAGAUGGACGAUUAUAUGCAUCAGAAAAUCAUCAAGAAAUCCUAAAGGACAAGAAACUGAUUAAAGCUCUCUUUGAUGUACUGGCACACCCACAAAACUAUUUCAAGUACACAGCACAGGAGUCAAAAGAGAUGUUUCCAAGAUCGUUUAUAAAGCUACUGCGAUCAAAAGUUUCCAGAUUUCUACGACCAUACAAGUAGUCCAGUGGUAUUCAUUUGGAGGCUUGCCACUGUCAGUGACUUCAUUGAAACAAAUUUAUCUCUGGAUUUCUGUAUACCAGUUGGUCCCCUUAAAGGUAUUUACAAUAGUAUAGGUGAGAAAUGAAGAACAGCAGUAGUCUUGUUUUUCUUUCUGUUAAUAGAACAUCUAAUUAAGU